GGCGUUGCAAUUGGGGGGUGCUUUUAGCAUGCUUUUAUAUAGUGUGCUUUCGUUUUGUUUCGUGGGGUUUUGAAGGAAGCAUGACAUGCAGAACAGCGUAUGCCCUUCGAUCUAGUUGAGUAAGGUUGAGUGGCAAACAUAGUUGCUGUCCAGAAUGGACAGCUAGUGUGCAUCGCAUAGAAAGUAAGAGGCACAACAUAGAUUUGCUUGUCCCUUGAACUGGGGGAAGGGCAAUGAAGGCUUUGACAUCUGCUUUGAAAGCUUUCUGAAGCUUGACAUUCUCAGCACCCUUUCGUUCUUUGUCGAAAAAGCUCGAUCAUGGCUCGGUUCCAAGUGGUCGUGCUUGCCUUCCUCUUUGUGAACUUCAAUUUGACCGGAGCCAAACGCACCGUGUUUGGUUCCGGCAACUCCAUGGAUGUGGCUUCUUCUGUCCCAGAGUCUGACUCACUCUUGGACCUGGACUGUGAUGUGGAUGCCGAGGACCAAGAGAUCUAUGGUCCAAAGCUUCAAUCCAGGCUCUGCCCCAAGAUCAUUGGCUGCAGCUUCUGGGAUGCUUGCCGUCGACUUGAAGACAAGUCAUGCCCCAGUAACUGCAGGCCAUGGAAAGAGGAGGUGAGCCAAUCCCGGCUCCUUCGCAUGUACACCUGGGUGAAGCGCAAGACCUCUGGCUCCUGCCCAAGAUAUUGCCGCUACAAAGACGAGGAGAUGUUGAAGCCCGGGGUUUCCAGUGGCUUCAUGGCCUCCUCUGCUGCCGUCUUGGCCACGAACGUGCCCACGCUGGUGGCUGAGUGCAGCGGCAGCAUCGCAUCGUUGAGUUGCAUCAACCAAAUGGCCGAAGCCUCCUCCGUGAUGGGCUUCAUUGGUCGUGCCAUCUCCAAGGCAAAAGAACUGGCCAAGGAGGGGAAGAUCAAGGAAUGCAAGGAGGUCUUGCCGGACAGCCUGGCUAGUGGCCUUGGUGACAGUGUCGCUCAAUAUAUCGGCUUCCUGCAUCAGUUGGGCGGAAUAGACGCCACCCUGCUGGAAGAGAAGGAGGUGGGCGCGUCUAAAGCGAAGAAGCAGGAGAAGGCCAAGUGGGGGUGGGAGGUCCUGCAGCGCAAGACCUUCGCACGGAUCUGCGAGGAGCCCAACGAAGGGGACGUGAAGCUGGCGAAAUCGCUGAGUGAGGAGGACCUGAAGAAGGUGGUGGAGAAGGCCUCCAAGGGCAUUAUGACGGCAGAGCAGGCUGACAGCGUUGCGAAGAAGAUCCAAACUGAAGGAGUUGAGAAGCUCUCUGAUGAGCUUCUUACUCAAGAAGAAGAGGCAGUUGAGAAGACCCUUCAAAAUGCUGACAAGGCUGCGUCGUUGUUGGCGCUGCAGGCAAAUGAGACAUUGCCGGGUUCUCUCAUGGAGCUGAGCCAAGCCAAUGAACUGCAGCUGCAAGGUUUCUUCAACGGGAUGAUAUCUCUUUUGACCUCGAUCCUUGCUCGCGUCCUUUACCUGGCCACGGGCGGAGCCUUCUCUUUGGUCGUUUGCCUCUUGAGUUUCGGGAUGCUUACAGAUGAUAGUGGCAUUGGUGUCCACAAGGAGCUCACCUUGUCCCAACAAUGUGCGGGUGCCCAGCCUGCGGUGCAAGAGUUUGGACCGUUUGAAGAUGGCACAGGUCAGCGUUCUUUUUGAGGGCUACUUCCCCAUGAGUGGGUGGCCCUUCUGUUUUUAAAGGAGGGGCCCACCCUCUGAUCGACCGACGGUUUUCUGUGCGCGCAGUGAUUUGGCCUUUAACGUGCCCGGUCAUGGUGCUGCGCUAUGCUGCUGGCUUUGGCAGCAACCCGGACGACAGGGAUGUCUUCUAUGACGUCCUUGGAGACGACAGCUUGAGCUGGGUUGGGGUCAUUGAUGCCUUUCAAUCUUGACGACUGAAGCACUGACCCAUCCGCGCUGCGGCCGGGCACGGCGGUUGCCUCUGUCGUGGCCCAUCCGCCCCAAAGCACGGAUGGGGCCGUCCGUUCUGUGACUGGCUCUGAUGUGCAGGUUCCUUUGGGACUGCGGAAGAUGCAUUUGUGGAGUGCAAAAGGG